GUCCCUGUAGGAGCGGAGCAUGUGUGAGAGCGAUAGUAGAGCUGCGAUCCGUCUGUGCAAAAAGAUGCUCACCGCGCGCUCCUCGUCUCAUCUCCUACCAAUGAUCCUCUGCAGACCAAAGUCCUAACCCGGUCAAUCCCCCUAAGGCCCCUGUGUCAUGAACUGUCCAGCAGGCGUAUGAAAACGAAGAGGAUCAACGAUGCGGAUAAAAGUGUGCCGGGGAGUGAGUGGCAUCCUCGCCGUUACCAUGGUGACUAGCUUGAUGUUGGUGUAUAAAGGUAUUCACAGUGACACACCGCCCAUGCCACCUUCGUCAGGGGCCACGUCUAACCACAGUUCACCCCGGACCCCUGGUGCGGCUGCAGAAAAGCCCCCAGUGGCAGUGCUUCAAGGAUACACAGCGAUCAUGGACCGAAAGCCCUUGGAGAUGCAUUGCAAAACAUGCGCACUUGUAACCAGCUCCGGACAGCUAGUUGGCCGAAACAUGGGUGAAGAAAUAGACCAAUCAGAAUGUGUGAUUCGCAUGAACGAUGCUCCCAGUCUUGGCCACCAAAGGGAUGUUGGCCGGCGCACCAGUCUACGUGUAAUAGCUCACUCCAGCCUCCAGAGAGUGCUAAGGAAUAGGCAGCAGCUGUUCAACUCCAGUCAGAACACAGUCUUCAUUUUCUGGGGUCCAAGUCACCUUAUGAGAAGAGACGGCAAGGGUCAUGUUUACAACCACCUGCGCCUGCUGAAACAAGUGAUGCCCACACUCAAAAUCUACAUGAUCUCUCGGAUCCAGAUGCUGAAGUUUGAUGAGUUAUUCAAGAAAGAGACUGGCAUAGACAGGAAGAAAUCCAACUUAUGGCUGAGCACUGGCUGGUUCACCAUGGUUACAGCCCUGGAGCUGUGUGACAGGAUCAGUGUGUUUGGCAUGGUGCCGCCAGACUACUGCAAAUCAUCCUUGCGUCGCUCUGUGCCGUAUCAUUACUACGAGCCCUUAGGGCCAGAGGAGUGCUCCAUGUAUCUGUCUCAUGAGAGGAGCAGGAGAUGGAGUCAUCACUUCAUCACUGAGAAGAGGGUCUUUUCGAAUUGGGCCCAAAAUCUGAACAUAGACUUCCACCAGCCGCAGUGGACACCCUCUGCUCGUAGGAACAGUUCGUCCACUGUCGUCUCCACUGCUGUUGCUGCUGGAUCCUGAGGUUACUUUAGUGUGAGGAUGGUGUGAAAUAUGAGGGUGGACACUUUGAGCACACACAGCCACAAAUGAACAAGUGGUUGUUACAGGUGUUCGCCUUGUGCUUAGGCAGCCUGGGCGAUAUGCACAGAGUAAUGACAGUGUCAUACAAAUUUAAUGGGAUGUUAUGAUAUAAGAGUUACAAAGGCUUAACAGUAUAAAUUGCAGAGGAGAGGGAGAGUUUUGUUAUCUGGGUUUCCUACUUUUGUGCUGGAUUCCCUUCUGUAUGAGACUCACUGCAAUUGGGAUAUUUCUGUUUUACAUAUGCUACAGAAGUACAUCUACCUACAGCUUCUUUGGUUGAACUAUAUGGGACGACUGUUGACUUAAACAACAACAACAGUUAAACCAUUAUUAUCAUAGUGGUGAACUGUGACCCUCAAAAAACUGGUUGAUACUUAAACCAUGCUUAAUUUAGUAAAUACUGGCAAAUUUAGCAGAAACAUUGCAUCCAUGUUGGAAAAGUUCACCCCAAUAACAGAUCCAUUCUAAUGCAGGAUAGAUACUGUAAUGGACUAGACCACCAUGAACAGAUAGAAGGCAAAGAUGUGUGUCCCCUCAAUUGCAGCCAAAAAGAACUAAUUGUCUGCUGUCCUUUUGUGUGUUCUUUUGUGAUUUCAGCAGAAGCGCCUGUACUCAGGUGGAAUCUUAAUGUGAUAACGCUCUCACGUGGAGCCGGGGUGUCAUGCUAAGUGCACCGGCUGCUCCUGUGAUCCAUGGAUGUGCACUCUGCAAACCAAUUACCUCCUCUUCAGGUAGAAAGGUUGGGAUGUAAAGGCUUCAAAUGACAGACAGGGUAAAAAGAGCGUCACAGCUGUUAUCUGUAACAUGUUAUUAUUACCAUCGAUCUUGGAAUACAAAGGCAGGGACAAUCAAACAUUUUAUGAACUCAUUUAGGAUUAAUGUAUUAGCUCUAGCAAGCUGUAUUAUAUUUCUUAUGGUGAAACACAAAAACUAAAUUGUGUGGUUCUUCUUAUAUAACAUGUUGGUGAGCUUUAAUUAAUUAAUUUUAUUUAUUUUUUUUAUGCAUCAGUGUUUAAAUGCUUCUUAAUAAAAAAAAUAUUUGCCAAAGAACAUGC